AUGAAGACCUCUGCCAUCUUCUGCGCCGCCCUGGCUGCCGCCGCCGUUGCCCAGCCCCACCAGCACGGAAACAAGAAGCGCCAUGUCCACGGCAAGCACCAGAAGCGCGCGCUCGUCACUGAGUGGGUUACCGAGACCGCCUACGUGACCGAGUGGGUUGAUGCCACCGAGACCGCCUGGGUCCCUUCCUCCGAGGCAUCUGCUACUCCCUCCGCCGUUCCCACCACCUCCGUGCCCGGCCAGUUCUUCGAGCCCGGCAACUCGCCCUCUUACACCACAUUGUCCACCUCGACCAAGGCCGCCGCACCCGUUGUUCAGGAAUCCAUUCAGCAGGCUCCCGUCGUCUCGUCCAGCAGCUCCACCCCUGCUCCCGCUCCCCAGACCCCGACUCCUCAACCCGCUCCUCAGCCGACCACCACCUCUGUCUACAUCGCUCCCGUCGUCGUUCCCACCACCCCUGCCUACGUUGCUCCUGUUGUCGCGACCACCAGCACUCCUCAGGGCCAGGCCCAAGCCACCAGCGGCAGCAGCAGCGGCGGCAGCAGCAGUGGCGGUGGCUCUUCUUACAGCGGUAAGCUGACCUACUAUGCCAUCGGCCUGGGUGCUUGCGGUGAGGACGACAGCGGCAAGGACAAGACCGAGAACAUCGUUGCUCUCUCGGUUCUCAUGAUGGGCUCGGUUUCCAACGGAAACUCUUACUGCGGCAAGAAGAUCCAGAUCUCCGCCAACGGCAAGACCACCACCGCCACCGUUCGCGACAAGUGCAUGGGCUGCUCUCACGAUGCCAUCGACGUCAGCGAGAAGGCCUUCCUCGAGAUCUUCGACAGCCUCGAUGUCGGUGCCGGUACCGUCGACUGGAAGUUCAUCAACUAA